AUGGAGGCCCUAGAUCUAAACCAGGAUGAGCUGUCCCAUCACCUGCAGGUGGAGGACCCAGACUCCAAACCACAUAAAUGCCCCACCUGUGGCAAAGGCUUCAAGCUGCUGGGCGGCCUGCGCACCCACCAGAGGACCCAUGACGACCUGCGGGACUACCACUGCUCUGAGUGCGGCAAAAGUUUCUCCAGUCUGCAGGGUCUGAAGCUGCACAACCGCACCCACACCGGACUCAAACCCUACAAGUGCCUCGAGUGCGGCAAGAGGUUCACCCAGUCGCCCCACCUCAAGGCCCAUAUGGUGACCCACACCGGGGAGAGGCCGUUCCUCUGCACCACCUGCGGGAAGAGGUUCACACAGUCCUCCCACCUGCGCUCCCACAUCACGCUGUUCCACGUGGGCGAGAAGCCGUUCACCUGCAACGACUGCGGGAAGAGUUUCACCAUCGCUCACUACCUGAAGAUGCACCGUCUAAGCCACACCAAGGAGAAGCACUACCAGUGCUCCUACUGCAAUAAAGGCCUUCUCUACCAAGAACAACUCCUGGAAGCUCACCUGAGGAUCCACAGGCCACACCGUUCAACCAGUGACUGGCAGUGUGGGAAGAGCUUCACCGACAUCAGGCUGGUCCUGAACCACCAGAGGACCAAACACACCGGGGAGAAGAGCCACUACUGCUUCACCUGUGGAGAGUUCUUCUUCACCAGCACCAUGCUGAGAGUCCACCAGCUGGACCACACGGGCGAGCGGCCGCACGUCUGUGACUGCGGGAAGACUUUUAAAACCAAAGCAGUGCUGCGUCUGCACCUGAAGAGGUUCAUUGACCAUCGACCGGCCCAGUGA